GGCGGUGGCAGGCGGCUCUGUCGAGGUGACAAUGUGCUAGGAGCCCCGCUCCGUCUCCUGCUCCUCCUCGGCCUGGGCGCCCCCUGGUCGCGCUUGCCGAGCUUCGCGGCCGCUCGUCGCGCUAUGUGGGAGCGUCUCCGGCGCUGGCCGAGGCCGGGGCCGCCUUGUUCUGCUCGCCGCCGCGAAGGAGAAGUGUGAAGAGAGACGCGGGCGGGAGCCCGGGCUGCGAGCGGUGCGGGUUCCAGGUGAGCACCGCUCUCGGCGCAGCUGGCCGCCGGCAAAUCUCGGUCUUGACAGCAUCCCAAGCGCGGACCGCCGAGCUCUCACCGCGGGAUCCUCAGCCACCAGACCAGAUUAAUUUUGUAGAAGUAUUUUGAAGAUGGAUGUAUUCAAAUUUUGAAAUAGCCAAGCGCCAUAUAUGUGGGAUGCAUCCUGCUUUUGUCCUGGAGUUCACCUCUUUGGCUCGGAUUUACCUCAGGAACAUUCGUCUUCAGUCUCCGAUUUAACUAGAAAUCAAGCAUGAGGAGAUUUGUCUACUGCAAGGUGGUCCUGGCCACAUCGCUGAUGUGGGUCCUGGUUGAUGUCUUCUUACUUCUGUACUUCAGCGAGUGUAAUAAAUGCGAUGACAAGAAGGAGAGGUCCCUGCUGCCUGCACUGAGGGCUGUUAUUUCAAGAAAUCAAGAAGGUCCAGGAGAAAUGGGAAAGGCGGUGCUUAUUCCAAAAGAUGACCAAGAGAAAAUGAAGGAGUUGUUUAAAAUCAAUCAGUUUAACCUCAUGGCCAGUGACUUGAUUGCCCUUAACCGAAGUCUGCCGGAUGUGAGAUUAGAAGGAUGCAAGACAAAAGUCUACCCUGACGAACUUCCAAACACAAGUGUAGUCAUUGUGUUCCAUAAUGAAGCCUGGAGCACUCUCCUUAGAACUGUCUAUAGUGUCAUAAAUCGCUCUCCACACUACCUGCUCUCUGAGGUCAUCUUAGUCGAUGAUGCCAGUGAAAGAGAUUUUCUCAAGUUGACAUUAGAGAACUACGUGAAAACUUUAGAAGUACCAGUAAAAAUUAUCAGGAUGGAAGAGCGCUCUGGGUUGAUACGAGCCCGUCUCCGAGGAGCAGCUGCUUCAAAAGGACAGGUCAUAACUUUUCUGGAUGCACACUGCGAGUGCACCUUAGGAUGGCUGGAGCCCUUGCUGGCGAGAAUAAAGGAAGACAGGAAAACAGUUGUGUGCCCCAUCAUUGAUGUUAUUAGUGAUGAUACCUUUGAAUACAUGGCUGGGUCAGAUAUGACUUAUGGUGGUUUUAACUGGAAACUAAAUUUCCGAUGGUAUCCUGUUCCUCAAAGAGAAAUGGAUCGAAGGAAAGGAGACAGAACAUUACCUGUCAGGACCCCUACUAUGGCUGGUGGCCUAUUUUCUAUUGACAGAAACUACUUUGAAGAGAUAGGAACAUACGAUGCAGGAAUGGAUAUCUGGGGUGGAGAGAAUCUUGAAAUGUCUUUUAGGAUCUGGCAAUGUGGAGGUUCUUUGGAGAUUGUGACUUGCUCUCACGUUGGUCAUGUUUUCCGAAAGGCAACUCCAUAUACAUUCCCUGGUGGCACUGGCCAUGUCAUUAACAAGAACAACAGAAGACUGGCAGAAGUUUGGAUGGACGAAUUUAAAGAUUUCUUCUAUAUCAUAUCCCCAGGUGUUGUCAAAGUGGAUUAUGGAGAUGUGUCAGUCAGAAAAACACUAAGGGAAAAUCUGAAGUGUAAGCCUUUUUCUUGGUACCUAGAAAACAUCUAUCCGGAUUCCCAGAUCCCAAGACGUUAUUACUCACUUGGUGAGAUAAGAAAUGUUGAAACCAAUCAAUGCUUAGACAACAUGGGCCGCAAAGAAAAUGAGAAAGUGGGUAUAUUCAACUGCCAUGGCAUGGGAGGUAACCAGGUGUUUUCUUAUACUGCUGACAAAGAAAUUCGAACUGAUGACUUGUGCCUGGAUGUAUCCAGACUCAAUGGACCUGUAAUCAUGUUGAAAUGCCACCAUAUGAGAGGAAAUCAGCUAUGGGAAUAUGAUGCAGAGAGACUCACUUUGAGACAUGUCAACAGUAACCAAUGUCUUGAUGAACCUUCUGAAGAAGACAAGAUGGUGCCCACAAUGCAGGACUGCAGUGGCAGCAGAUCUCAACAAUGGUUGCUGAGGAACAUGACCUUGGGGGCAUGAAGACCGUUUCUCCCAAGAUGUGAACAUCUCUACACUUUUGUUUAUCCAUUGUUUUGAUUUGGUGAAAUUAUUAACUUUGCUGAAUUAAAAGUUUUAAAAAAUACUUUUAGUAUUCUAAAACACAGUUGUUUAUAAUUCAUUUUUAGGAAUGUUUAUUUCCCUACUAAAAUUUGUAUCUGAUUGAAGAAGCACAUAAAAUAUAAGUAAUAGGAUACCGUUAUUAAACAUUUGAACUGUUUGGGGAAAAAAAUACACUUUGCGUUUCCUUUUAAAAUGUCUUUUAUUAGCCUCUUGUCACAGGGUUACUUGGGGUUGGUGUUUUUUACUUUAUGUUGUAAUAAUGAUAAAAGAGAUAUCAUGUAAUGCCUUAUACUAUAUCUUAAUUAUGAAAUAUUAUCAUUGCUUUAUAAAACUUCUUUUUAAAAAAUGCUUCAUGGAACCAUGGUGAAUUUCUAUGCUAACAGUUGGAACACUUAAGCAUUAAAUUCAUCACACAAAAUGAUCAGUACAAGGAAAAAAAUUAAGUUUGCUACUGAAUUCAUAGAAUACUAAAUUAUCAUACCAAAUAAAGGACUUUGAAAUUUAUUUUAAAUAAUAAAUUUAAGUCUAAUAGUGAAGAGUGUGAAUCCAAUAUCGAGAAAAACAAAAGCAUUAUAAACUCCAGGAAUCGCUGGGGGAGAAGCUUCACCUUCUCAUGAGGACAGUCUCGCUCUGAGACUUGAUUUCAAGGUCUGAAUUCCCAGCUGCCCUUUCUGUCUGCAUACACAAAGUUGUACCAUUUCCCUUCACUCUAGGACUGUAGGUGAAAGGUGACCUUUUAGAUUCAAUUUAAAACUGUUUUUAUCACUUUUAGUUCAGUUGGUGAUGUCAUUGGCACUUUGUAUUUUAUUUUAAAAAGUAUGGCACUAGAAUAAUUUAUUGCUAUAGUGUUAAAUCGAACAUCAAUCAUUGGAAAACAAAAUUUAUGAGAAUUCAUUAAAGUGAUAUUAAUUAAACUAUUAGAUAUGGUUUGGAUUGAAAUGUGGCUCAGUCUUAUUUAGGGGAUAUCAUGUGUUAUUUCAACUUUAAAAUUCCUUUGUUCACAAUGAACAUACUGAUGUGAAAAAGAUGCAGUGAUGGAAUGUCAACAAAUCUUUAUAUUUAAUAUUUAAGUGGCCAUCUAGUUGUUGUGUAUAUACAUUUGAUUUGUGUCUCUAGUAGCUAGAGGAAUUCUAUUGGGCUGGAAAUAGAAGAAGAUUCUUCAAGAGUAGAAAGUCCGUUCUUUUGACCUUUUGUUUCAAAUUAUCUAGAAAAAGCAUUAAUUGGCUAGCUAUACCUCCUUUAUCUAUCCACACCCUCUUAUAUUUGUCUUUCUCUCCUGUCUAUGUCUCUAUCUUUCUCUGUUUUUC